GGCGGUUCCAGGAAGAGGAUAGGGAGGGCUGGGGGCCCUCUGCCCAUCUCACCCCUCCCCAUACCCCCCAACACCGACAGCUGUCCAACUCUUGGAAUUCAUUGGCUUCCCCUACUCCGCCUCCCACAUACCACCCCAAACCAGUUUAGCCCCCUGCCCCACCCUCGCUGACCUAAUAAGGCCAUGCAAUGUGUGGGGGACAUAUAUAAAAGGCGCGGGUUCUCGGGGACUCUGCACGACGCCGGAGAGAGAAAGCAGGAGUCGUCUCGUGCCCAGAAAGGCAACAAUGGCCAAGGAGUGGGGCUACGCCAGCCACAACGGUCCUGAUCACUGGCAUGAGCUUUACCCAAUUGCCAAGGGAGACAACCAGUCACCCAUCGAGCUGCAUACUAAAGACAUCAAGCAUGACCCUUCUCUGCAGCCGUGGUCAGCAUCUUAUGACCCCGGCUCUGCCAAGACCAUCCUGAACAAUGGGAAGACAUGCAGGGUUGUGUUUGAUGAUACUUAUGAUAGAUCAAUGCUGAGAGGUGGUCCUCUCACUGGGCCCUACCGGCUUCGUCAAUUUCAUCUUCACUGGGGCUCCUCUGACGACCACGGCUCGGAGCACACCGUGGAUGGAGUCAAGUAUGCUGCGGAGCUUCAUUUGGUUCACUGGAAUCCAAAGUACAACACUUUUGGAGAAGCUCUGAAGCAACCUGAUGGAAUAGCCGUGGUUGGCAUCUUUCUGAAGAUAGGACGUGAGAAAGGCGAGUUCCAGCUGGUCCUUGAUGCAUUGGACAAAAUUAAGACAAAGGGCAAGGAAGCACCUUUCACCAAUUUCGACCCGUCUUGCCUUUUUCCCGCCUGCCGGGACUACUGGUCCUACCACGGCUCCUUCACCACACCGCCCUGCGAGGAGUGCAUCGUGUGGCUCCUGCUCAAAGAACCUAUGACCGUGAGCUCCGACCAGAUGGCCAAGCUGCGGAGCCUCUUCUCCAGUGCUGAGAACGAGCCCCCGGUGCCCCUGGUGGGGAACUGGCGCCCCCCGCAGCCCAUCAAGGGCAGGGUAGUGAGAGCCUCCUUCAAAUGAGGUCUUGGGAGCUUGCCCUCUUCAGGAAAAGAAACCUGCCAAGGGAGAGCUUUGUUCUUUGCCUCCCUUUGGUGCUCCUUGCUUUAAGUAUGAUUCAGUUUUCCACAUUAAGCAAUGAAUGGAGGAGAUGAAAUCACCAGGAAACCAAAAUUACUUUGCAAGAUCUAAUAUGAAAACAUUUGGUCUUUCUAAGAAUCAUCUUUCCUAAAAAAGUAGCAUUUUCUAGUAAGAUCGCAAAGAAGGAAGAAGUUGAAAAGAAAGAGAAAAAUGGCCCUGGGCACCAUUUUUCUGUUAUCUUAAAUUUCCCAGAACUUCAGUUUGACUAUUUUUACUAGUUGUCUAUCUCAAAGGCAUAAUGAGUAUUUCUAUAUUUAGGAGUAGAAUGGUAUGAAGAUCAUACAGUUAAACAUAAGCCAGCUAUUAAAAUGACAUCAAAAGUUGAGAUGACACUGUCUUUCAACUUCUUAAACUACCAAGAGUUUCAUUAUUUAAUACAAUUUCAUCCACUAGAAAUAAUACCUGGUUUUGUUUAUUGAUACAAGGAAACAGUAAAAUCAGGAGUUUAAGAAAAUGUUAGUUAACUCAGUAUCUGAAUUUCUUCACAAGAUAGUUGACUUUCUCCUAACAUUUUCUGCACCUGAAGGAGGGCCAUUUAUUUUACAUUUUUACUACUUUUAUCUUUGCAUGCUUAUUAAAAUAAAACCUGCUUCUGAUAGCUUUCCAGUUUGGAGAUGGAAUUAAUGAUUCCUAGAAGAUGCAGGAAUGAAUGACUGCACUUGGAGUGAAAGCAAUUGUACUGAUCAUCAAAACAAUAAAGAAUGAAUGCAGAUA